GAGAGCCCACAAGCCUCACAGAGGUGGAAGGGUUGUGUCUCAAUGCACAGCGAUCACUUUCAGUGAGCUCUAAACCCGACCCAGACUGCCUAUACUGGAUUAUUUCUUCACGCCGUCUGCGCGUAAAAACUCUUCUAAAAUGACUCGCUGGAGAGAAUAAACCGACGCUUGUCCAGUGACGUUUCCAUACACCGUCCCACCGGAACGACGGCUUACUGUUACUAGGAUUCAGCUUUCUGGAAGACGAUGCCUCAGGAAAGUGCAGGCACUGAACUGAAAGAACUGCGUGUGUGGAGCUCAUGAGGACUAUUUGCGACUGUAAUAAACAUUGAAAUGAUGUUCACAGCCAAUGAAGAAGUACUGUUAUUCUUUAACAGUGGAGAUGAGAAAAGGUUCGGAAUUGUAAUUCACACGAAUCGUUCCUCAGUAUGUAACUCUUCGUGAUCUCUGGGAGAUGGAUAAGUAUGAGAAACUGGCUAAGAUCGGUGAGGGCUCAUAUGGAGUGGUGUUCAAAUGCAGACACAGGGACAGCGGUCAGAUAGUGGCUAUUAAAAAGUUUGUUGAGUCUGAAGAUGACCCGGUCAUUAAGAAGAUCGCACUGAGAGAAAUCCGCAUGCUGAAGCAGCUGAAGCAUGUGAAUCUGGUCAACUUGCUUGAGGUCUUCAGGAGAAAGAGACGCCUUCAUCUGGUCUUUGAGUUCUGUGAGCAAACUGUUCUAAAUGAACUGGACAAACACCCCAGAGGGGUUCCUGAGGCACAGCUCAAGAAUAUUGUGUGGCAAACUCUACAGGCUGUGAACUUCUGUCACAAACACAAUUGUAUCCAUCGGGACGUCAAACCGGAGAACAUUCUUCUGACCAAGACCGGUGUGAUCAAACUAUGUGAUUUUGGCUUUGCUCGCAUCCUCACUGGUCCAGGUGAUGAUUACACUGAUUAUGUGGCAACACGAUGGUAUCGGGCCCCAGAACUCUUGGUCGGAGAUACUCAGUAUGGUCCCCCAGUGGAUGUCUGGGCCCUCGUUUGUGUCUUUGCCGAGCUGCUUUCUGGAAAUCCUCUUUGGCCAGGACGUUCUGACGUGGAUCAGCUGCACCUCAUACGACAAACCCUGGGUGACUUGAUCCCACGGCAUCAGCAGGUGUUUAGCUCCAAUGUCUUCUUUAGUGGUGUCAGCAUCCCUGAGCCUGAUAAAAUGGAGCCACUAGAGAAGAGGUUCCAAUGUGUUUCUCCUCAUGCUAUUACUGUGAUGAAGUCCUGCCUAGUUAUGGAUCCAUCUGGCAGGUUGUCAUGUGAAGAGAUUUUAGAGCUGCCAUACUUCCAGGAGGAUGGGGGAACAGGAUGGGGCAGAGAAACUGAUCGCCUCCCAAGACGCUAUGAGAAAGGCACAAGACGCAGAGCUCCCGCGCAUCAGUACUUCCCCCAGCUGACCAAUAGUAACAUCUCACCAGCACCUGAAAUGAAGAAUAAAAACAGACACAAACAUGACCAUCAUCUGCCCAACAUUUGACCUUGGGACUGGUGCAAAUGUGUUUGGUAAGGCACACAUGUUUUCUGUGGAACAAGUUGAUGCAUUUAUUGCAAACAACAGGGGAUUGCAGAAAUGCUGUUCUAUAGGAGGACUGACACUGUAAUAUUAGUAAUAUUACUGAAGUAUAGUUAUUUUAACACUUAAUGUUGACAGAUAGUCCUGGAAUCUGAUAUUCUGCAUAUACAGUGGCCAGAAAAAAAAAUAUAUAUUUUGACACCGCACAAAAGUUAUCUAUGAUAUAUACAUUUAUAAAUUUAAUAGUGUAAAAAGUUAUAGUUUAUUGGAGUACAAUAAAUUUCUGAUAAAUAAAAUCAUCUACUGUAUGUCUGUUGAGGAAAGUGGUAUCUUUUUAGUAGCAUGCUUGACACCAGUUCUUUAAAGGCUAUUAAACAAUGGCUCUGAAAAUAUCUACCAUCUUUUGUUUGCAGAUUCCACUUAAUUUUUUACCUAAUGCGGUGACAUUCAGAUGUUAAGUGUGAUUUGAGUGUCUAAAUGUGUCUAAAUGUAUUUUUGCAGCCACUGUAUGCAGGCAAGAGUUGGAAGGUAAAAUAAAGCACACAUUGGACAGAAAGAGUUACGACAAACUUGACUGUAUGAUUGAAUAAUUGUCCAUGUGCUUUGAUUUCAAGAUAGUAUCAGUUCUGUGUGCCAUUAAGAAAAUAAUAUAUCUGCACUGU